AUGGUGAUGCCGCCGCGCUCCUCCUCGUCCGGCAUGCAGAGCAUCCGCCGCGAGCUCCAGCGAAGGAGGCCCAAGCCCUUGGCGCCCAGGAGAUCGGCCGCCAGCAAGCCGUCCCCGCCACCGCCGCUGGAGGGUGCACGCUGCAAGUGCCGGGAGCCACGCCCUCUUCCACCACGACACGAGGAUCCGUCGUCCGCCGCCUCAAAGUCCCCACCACGCUCCGUCGGCACCCACGCGCCGCGACCGCCGUGGCCUCGGCCUCACCCUUCGCCGCGCCCCACUGCCAUCUCUCCCUCCACGCCGCCGCCGCCGCCUCCUCCUCCGCCCCGAUCCGCCUCAUCCUCGAUCGGGUCCGCGAGCCCGUCCACCCUCGGCACCGACGACCACAUCAGACCCGGCACUGAGGUUGGUGUCCGCACGAGGACCACGACGCUGAAGACUGGGGAGGCUCUCGUGUUGUGGCUCAGAGGGAUGAUCGUGUCGCCCGUCCAUGGAGGCUACGAGGUCGUCUACGACGGCAAUUGGCCGCCCGGUGACCCCUACGGCACCGUCCACGUCCCGCCCCAACACGUCAGGAUGAUCAAGCCCUCGCCGUCGCCGACGAAUCCGCCGCCGUCCCUGCCUCCGUACAGGUACAGCGCCCCUAGCUCGUCCGCCUCCGACGCCACCACCACUGCGGCCGCCGCACGGAAGAAGGAGAUGCGGCCAGCGCCGAGGCCGACUACCGAGGGGAAGAGCCUGCACCUCAUCCGCAGCCUCUUGCCGGAGAUGGAGAACCAGGCCCGGGCUCCAGGAUACUACUAG